AUGUCAACUCAUAGAUUGGUCAACUGGGCGCCAGACAAUAAUUUCAAAUAUACAGAUCUGAAUCGACCGAAAAAAGAAGUGUACAACGCUCGAUUUCUUUAUCAUGACAGCGCCCAUCACGGAAUCAACAGAUAUCCUGACCGAAACUCGUACCGACCGACAAAAGCACCAUUCCAUACUUCUUCUAGCUCGUCAUUUCGAACCACUAGGGAGUCAAGAGAAAGUGUUCUCUCAAGAAAAGCUCCACCGAAAACUCAAGAGUACAGAUUUCCGAACUCGUCUAAGACUGACAUUAGAGGAUUUGACAACGACCAGAGAAGAGAUAUUUUGAUGACGCCGAAGACUUCAGAAACAACAAUUCCAGUCCUUGACCGGCGGCCAUACACAGAUCAUGGACCCUACCCAUCAUUUUCAAUUCCAAAAAGCUCCAAACCACCGCGACGCCCUCAAACGGAAAAAGUUCCAAUGCCGAGUCCUCUGCUACGCGCCAGUAUAGCCAAUACUUCGAAAAUGUUUGCUCGAUCUCAAGAAGGAGUUUCAAACAAAAAUUUCACGAAUGAAGAGUUCAGUCGACGCUCGAUUGUUGAUACUGUCAGAAUGAGAAAUAAUGCUCUCGAAAGACUCAGAUCUCAGCGAAGACUUGGGCAAGUGAAGCCAGUUUUGCUAGGAGGGCGAAGCCAAGGAAAUCUGCGACGAGCGACAAAAACGAUACCAAAGUUCACUUGA